AUGGAACGCCCAGACCAAGAAAGAAUUGAGGGGCGGAAAAAGACAUGUCCAGAUCCUCAGAGGCUGGAGUUUGGGGUGAUCAUGAUGCGUGUUUGGUUUGACCUGUGGUUGACCUCAAUCCCAGCCCGAACACCACCAUCCGCGCGCAAUGUCGUCCCAUUCUACGAAAGGCUUAGGUUGAAGAAGACGAAGAGCCAGCCAGGCGUGCCAGUGCCAGUAUCAGUGCCAGUGCCAGGCCAGGCUGAGCCACAGCCCAUGGAAACCUUCGGCCAGCCUCCGAUGACCGGGGGGCCUUGUCAUCUUGGACUUCUCCGUAAGGGUUAUCACCUACAUACGGAUGCUAGGAAGCACUCAAGGGCCAAGGCGUAUCCGAUCCGUACAGGGAAAGAGAGAGACAGAGAGAACGAGAGUACUUCUGUAUCUCUCGGACCCGGAAAGCACCAAUGGGCAGCAGAGCGCAGAGGUGCGGCCGUGGGCGGGAAUAGGUACGAAGAAGUGUGUGUAUCCGAGAAGGGAAUGGAGGAGGAUGGACUCGCUCUCUCUGGGUAUCGAAUUGAUUACAACCACACACAAACACGCGCGCGCGCAAUAGAUGAGGAGAGGCAUGUCAAGUUCCAUUAUGAGUUAACCGGGAAGGGCCCGCCGCCGGUGAGCUUGGUGGGCGCCGAUACGCGGCCCAGCAGCGACCGCAACAGCCCAGUUAGAAGAGACUGCGACCAGCAGGCUGCUGCUGCUGCUGCUGCUGCUGCUGCUGCUUUCAUCUCGUGCUCCAAAACAUGGUACUGGGGAAACUUCGUCGUCGCACCAUGCAAGUUGCACGGAAACCUGCUCCCACUUCGCUGCUCCGGCGGCGGCCAGCCCGACCGGUACCUUGUCCCCUCCACUACAUCCAACCGUAACACGCUUGUCUCUUUUAAGAGAGGGUCUUCUUGCGGCCUGCCAUGGGGCCAUAGGCCAUGGCUUGUGUCGUCGGCCGACUUUGGGGGGGAUGGGGGGAAGAGCUGCGUGCCAAUUUGGGCAGUUCGCAAGAUUUGGCACCAUGUGGACAAGAGGCUCCAGAGUAAAGAAAAAACACAAAUACCCGCCGCCGUCGGCCCUUCUCACUCAAAGGGCGCGAUACAAAGUGGUGUCAUAGAACCUCGAGGGGUCUCCUACCCAGUAACUGUAGCAGAAACCUCCACCUCCACUGGAACAACAUCCUCCGUCCGUCCAGACGUACGCAGUACACACUACCUACACAGUAGAGAGGUUGGAGCCACUGGCGUAUCGAUCGCUAACGAGAAUUGCGACCUGACGGCGGCGGCGGCGGUUUCGAAUGGCGUGUUCGGGCCUAACGAGCAAGAGAGACAGAGACAUUCUAGCUCGCCGACCAGAAACAUUGAAUACCAACCGCCCUGUGCCAUCAGUGCCGGAUCCAUUCUUUCGGUGAGCCACGCCGCGAUGACAAUUCAUCCAACGGCCAAGACGGUCUUUGCAGCUAGCACGUCCGAAGAUCGGAUCCAAACUGUACCUGGCCUAGAUUUCACGACGGCUCUCCAGCCUUGUCGCCCAAAGGUCCCCAGGGCCUCCCAUUUGAGCCCCGAUCGGUUCCGUUGGACACAUGCCCACUAUCGAACGGCUUCCUCGGAUUCCGUCGUGGGUAGGCCACGCGAGAUUGAGAUAUUCUUGUCUUUUCACCGCUUUCGAAUUGGCUGGCUUGGAGAGAUGGAAUUGGGCAUGAGAAAGAGAGCGGCGACGGCGCGCGCACACACACGCACACACGCGGGUACAUACACCUCCAUGUUGCGACUGAAUGGCGGCGAUGCCGCUACUGAACUGCCGUUGUCAAUCUUUUUCCCCGAUUGCCAUAUUCCGCCUUUCGGAAUGCAGGCUCAUGAAGUAGAUGUGAGCCCAGCAACAGCACCACGGCCGGCCGACCGACCGUACAGGGCCAAAAAUUUGGGGGUGUUUGUCUUCUCCCUGGUUGCCGAGUCUUAUGUCGGCAUCCUGUCUCACUUUUUCAGCUUCGCGGCACGCCCUUCUGACCGAGCCAACUUUGAUUCAGCACGGUCAGCGUCUUAUUCGCAGAAACAUUCGCUCUCGCGCGAACCCGAGAUCGCCGCUGUCAACGCGUCCUGUACCGGAUUUCGCAGGUGUCUGCAACUUUGCGUAGGUACUGAAGGGCAAUGCGCCGGCAUUCUCUCUGACAUGCGUGGCGGGCUUCUCGAAGGUCCAUGGAACUCUUCUGUCUGGGUUCUGCAUUGCAUCGGGCUCUGGCGCAUCGUCGAAGAGGCGAGAAGGGAAAACGAAGCAUGGGCUGUCGCCGAGCUGGAUUGCGAUUCACAGGGUUUCCAGGCUGGCGGGAUUGUUGAUCUGUUGGUUCUCAUCUCCCCGCGCCCAAAAAGUCUCACUCUACCUGCCUACUGGGUUCAUUCUUGUGUUCCCCCAAUCGCGGGGCAAAAGACCCGUCUGGCUCUGGCGGCCCUCCCUCGUUGUUCCUUCUUCUCCCUGAGGUGGCCCUGCCACAUUUGCUUCUCAUUCUUCCCCAACCUGAUCGUCCGGCGUCGUGAAUUCCAGCAGUUUGGUCGCACAAGGCGUCUCGUGCCGGCCUCCCGAAGCUGUUCGCAUUUUUGUUCAUGA